AUGACUGUUGAGCUAAAGCAUGUAGAAACAGCUGAAGUUUUCCAGUUAACUGUUAUCUAUGCCAAGUGCAAAGCAAAUCUCAGAAGACCACUAUGGGAGGUACUGAGGCAGAAAUCUUUGACAUGUACCAUCCCAUGGUGCGUGAUUGGAGAUUUCAAUGUUAUUGCAUCCAUUGAAGAAAAGAUAAGGGGUCUACCAUACCAACUGAAUCUGGGGUUUUAUGGCCCUAGAUAUACUUGGUCCAAUGGCAGAGGUCCAGGAUCAAUAAUUUGGAAGAGAUUGGACAGAGGCAUGGUAAAUGACAACUGGCUAAUCUCAUUCCCAAAUACCACCAUUUCACACUUAGCCUCCACUGGAUCUGACCACAAUCUCUUGAUAAUGGAGAUGAAUGUCAGGCAGGAUACAAGCAAAAAAUACUUCAAGUUUCUCAACUGUUGGGUAGAAAAUGAAGGCUUCAUCCCUAUGGUUCAAGAAAUUUGGAAUCAGGAAGUCAGAGGCAAUGCUAUGUGGAUCUUCCAUCAAAAACUUAAAACAGUCUUUAAUGCCUUAAGUAAAUGGUCGAGGCAUGAAUAUGGGGAUAUCUUUCAGAAGGCCAAGGAAUAUGCAAAAAAAGUGAAGCAGGUAGAUAUGACUUGGGCUCAAACAAAUGAUGCAGAUGACAGAAUGAACUUUCAUGAGGUAACAACUCAGUACAAAAAAUACAGGAAGCUGGAAGAGUCUAUUCUGAAGCAAAAAACACAGCUUCAGUGGUUCAAAGAUGGUGAUGCAAAUUCAAGAUACUUCCAUAGUUUAAUGAGAGGAAGAAGAAGAAAGCUGAUUAUUCAUAAAAUCAAAGACAUUGAAGGUGAGUGGGUGCAAGGUGAUGAAGCUAUAGGGGAAGCUGCUUGUGGCCACCUAAGCUUUGCAUAUGACAUCAUAAUCUUCACAUCUGGAGGUAGAGCAUCAUUGCAGAAGAUUAUGGAGAUUCUCAACAAUUAUGAACACACAUCUGGGCAGCAAAUCAACAGGCAAAAAAGCCACUUCAUGGUUUCUCCUCUGCAUUCCCAGCUACCAUCAGAAGAGUUCAGCAGAUCACAGGCUUCACCAAGAAAGAAUCUCCCAUUACCUACCUGGGGUGUCCAUUAUACAUAG